ACCCAAGUAAAGCCGAACCAGGUGGCGAACGAUAAACGUUGCCGAGUAUAUGAAAUUAUACAGGCCGGGCGCAGAUGGAGAGAAGCUGUUGAUCAAACCGAAUCAAAUUGGGAACCUAGAAAUCAAUACAUAAUGAUAAAGGCAGUGAUUGUGAUGAACACCCAGGGGAGGCCUCGGCUCACGAAAUUCUACGAUUUCCAGCAUCCAGACAAGCAGCAGGAGCUGAUUCGUACUCUCUACUCAGUAUUAUGCAACAGGCCUGAAAAUGUCAGCAAUUUCGUGAAUGUUGAUUCCAUUUUUGGUCCGGAUUCUCAACUCGUGUACAAGCAUUAUGCAACCCUUUACUUCGUAUUUGUGUAUGACAGUGCUGAAAAUGAGCUAGCGAUGCUCGAUUUAAUACAAGUUUUUGUAGAAACAUUGGACAAAUGCUUCAAGAAUGUCUGUGAGCUUGACAUAGUGUUCAAUUAUGGCAAGCUUCAUACAAUUGUAGAUGAGAUCAUUUUUGGAGGCCAGGUAUUAGAAACGAACUCCGCAGAAGUUAUCCGGGCUGUUGAAGCAAUAUCAAAGUUGGAAGCAUCUUCCACCACCAACCGUUUUGUCCCAAAGUCGGUUUCUAGCUGGCGGAGGUGAUGGUGUGAAACUGUUGCAGAUCGUACUGAUCGCUCAUUGUUUAUGUGCUAAUUGAUUCUGAAUGCCUUGUCACCCUGAAUUAUGACUGAAAAAUUGAGAUACUCUCUUUGAAAUAUUAUCACAAUCUCUUUUAGUUUG